AUGGCCGAGCAUCAAAUCAUUGUGGAAGACUCCGUGGGGCCCAUAGAUCAUGCCGUGAUUUCUGAGCUUGCCACUCAGCAAGGGGCCUACCCUCAAGGGCUGGCCAAUUCUGUCACCCCCUCUAGAGGGGUCAAAAGGAAAAGUGGCGUCACUGGCAGCGAAAGAGGCACUCAUGGUGGGUUCAAACCUAAAUCCCACUUCACAGAAAACGAGAACGUUAUGCUCGUGGAGCUCAUAAUUCGCAACCGAUCAGUUCUAAAGAGUCGUCGACCGGAGGCACAAGUGGAGAGGGCGAAUGCAUUCGAUUCCUUCACGGAAGCUCUCAAUGAGAUGAACCCAGGCUCGCCCAAGACGGUGCUGCAAGUGAGGAAAAAAAUGGACAAUUUGGUGUCGAGAGUGAAAAAGCUGAUCGAAGAGCACAGGGAAGUCGGCUACGUCAAAAACAAGAUUCCGGUCUAUCUCAUCAAUCUGGCUAACGAGUUCAUAUUGUGGAACCCUCCUGGGGAGGAGGUGCCCAAUGUCCCCGGUGGUGGCGCUCUUCAUGAUGAUUUCGUGAGUACUGCUGCCGCAUCGAACGCUGGCUUCUCACACGCCCUGCACGCCUCGACUGGGCCGAUACAGACUAGAGAGCGAAUGCUACGCAAACACAAGUUGGAAUUGGAAUGCGAACUACUACUAGAACAGAUAAAGAAAGUGAAGGCUGAGAAUGAGUUCACUGAGGCCAGAUUUGGUGGUGUUGGCGUGCUGUGA